AUGCUCAUCACGCGCUGCCACUCGCCGAUUUCACACAGAGGUAUAACACUCAUUGUCUUUGUGUCCACUGUGUUUCUCCUCACUCUACUCGCCAAAAGAGAGCACAACAAAGGCACAAGACAAUAUGAGCUCCCAUUUGACCUAGGCAUUGCGAUUUCAGCGCAGGAUGGCUUCCAUUCAGUCAAGCCUUGUGCUUCAGAGCUGGAUUAUCUGAGGCGCAAAGAGUAUGGAUUAACUCGAAAUGUCAUAUUUCGCAAGCGUUGCUUUCGCGGCGUUUAUAGCUCGGAUGCCAGUUCACGAGAGACAGUCUCCGAAGUCGACAGCCCAUUGUUGGGAUCAAGGGCAGACAUCUUGGACCUCGACGAUCAAUGCAGAAGAAUCUCGCCAUCAGAUACGCCUGACCAAGCUGCAUCCUGUGAACCCAUCACGCUUCAGGUAGCAGAGCCAUAUCCCGUGGCGGAUCUUUCCAAAGUCAUAGUUGGCGUGGCGACUACGCUCUCUCGCUUGCAGGACUCAGUUUCCCAGUUUUCUCAUUGGAUGUCUGGCACGGGUGCGAUUUUCCUUGCGAUUGUUGUUGACGAAUCCAUUACGGACGACGACUUGGACUCUCUGGAGUCAAUGUACGACAGCCACGAUAUGAGCCUCACGGCUAUCCGACCAUGGAACUGCUCCUUCGACGUCAAUGAGCAACAUUUUGCCAUUAUCCGCGAUCUGGUCGACUACGCCACUCAUGACACCCAGUGGGCUGUCAUCAUCGACGACGAUACCUUUUUCCCGUCCCCAUAUUCAAUUACACAACUUCUUGCAAACUACGAUCCGACCGUGCCAACAUACAUUGGCGGCCUUACCGAAAGCCCGGGGGCGGUGGAAUAUUUUGGCGUCAUGGCCUACGGAGGAGCUGGCGUCUUUAUGAGCAUGCCCCUGAUGCAGCAGCUCGACUCCCACGUGGAAGACUGUCUUGCGGAGAGCCUCACGAGAGAAGGCGAUGGGCUAUUGAGCAACUGCAUACACAACUAUACACAAACAGAGCUGACGGCUAUCCCCGGGUUGUAUCAACUCGACAUGAGGGGAGACAUGAGCGGGUUUUACGAAUCAGGUGUUUUCCCACUGAGUCUACAUCACUGGAAGUCAUGGCACCAAGCCCCCGUCGACAAAAUGGCCAAGAUUGCCGAUUUCUGCGGAGAUUGUUUCCUGCAACGAUGGAGGUUCGACGGCGACACUGUCCUUGCCAACGGAUACAGCAUCAGCGUAUACCAAGACGGCAUAAGCCAAGACGACCUGGAUCUUAUCGAGGGAACAUGGGAAGCAGCCAUGAAUUACGAAAGCACAAUGGGCAAGAUGAGAGACAAGACGGAGGAGGGCAAGAAGAAGAGCUACAGGCUCAUUGACGCCGAAGAGGUGGACGGCAAGUUGCGGCAGAUGUUUCUACACCACGGAGUUGCGGACUUGGAUUAUGAUGGCGAGGAGGAGGCAAUGGAUGAGGUUGUGGAGAUUUGGUGGGAGUGGACGCGAGACUGA